GAUUUCGCACCCCAAAACCCUAAUGAACCAGGCCUGAAAAUCUCUCUCUCUCUCUCUCUCUUAGCUUCCUUCCAUGGCAUCGCAGUUUACCGGAGCAGUGCUGAAAAGGCACAGGCCCCAGGAAAAUUUGGAUAGGAAACUGAAUAAGAAGAAGCGUGAACGGUGUAUUUCGAAUACUCCAACAGAUUCAUUUGAAGACAAAUCAGUAGCAAAUAUUAACAGAAAACCGACAGCUUACCAUAAUCUGCUAGCAUCUCUUGGUUUAUCUAACAAGGUUGUUUCUGACAUGAACAGAAGAAGGCAGAGACAGGAACAAGGUAAAAGCGACACAGAAGAAGAUGAAGACGAGGAAAACAGUUCUUCUGAGGAUAUAAGCUCUACAGAUGGAGACGAUGAUGAGAUUCAAGUUAAAGGGGCUGAUCUGGAAUGCCUCGAGCAGGAGAAGAUUGAUGAUAAUCACAGUGACGAAGAAGAUUCUGAGACAGACGAGGAGAAUGAGUUGAGUACCAAUGGCCAAUCUUCUGUAGUUGCUUCUUCAUCUACCAGUGCAUUUAGUGAGCACCUUGGUCAUACUUUAUUAAGUGAAGAAGUGAAAACUUUACUAAAACACGUCUGGAGCUUUAAAUGGAAAGCACCCGCCAUUGGCAUGCCUAAUUGCAGCUGGAAAGGAACUAGACAAAAUUUUCUUGAUGUUGCUAAGAGUGAUGCACCCUACGGCAUCAAGCCUAAGUUAUUUGAGCACUGGCUUCAAUUGUACAAGGAAGCUGGAGGGGAGGAGUUUGGCUCAUCUGCAAGGAGAAGAUUCUUCUCCAUUUGCAACAGCUAUAUGGAUAUUUUGCAUUCUAACAAGAAACCCUUUUACAAUGGAGACCGUGGAGAAGACUCUAGUCACAUUGACGCAUACCUUAUGCAUUCUUUGAAUCACAUUUUUAGAUCUAGAGAUCUUGUCAAGAAGAAUGAAAGGAAAAUUGCCAAGCUUUCUCAUGGUGAAACUCCUGAUGAUAGAUUUCGGGACAGAGGAUUUACUAGUCCAAAGGUGCUGAUUCUAUUACCAUUGAGGAGUAUUGCCUUUCGAGUUGUCAAUAGGCUCAUACAACUAACUCCCGAAGCUCACAGGGAUACUGUGGAACACCACGGCCGGUUUAAUGAUGAGUUUGGAUAUGAAGACGAAUCUGAUGACUUCGAUGAUGGAAAGCCUUCAAAACCUCGUGAUUGGGAAGCCCUAUUUGGUGAAGGGAACAAUGAUGAUACCUUUUUGCUAGGCAUUAAGUAUACAAGGAAGAGCAUUAGACUUUACAAUGAUUUCAUUACCUCGGACAUGAUUAUUGCUUCCCCUCUCGGCUUAGUUUUGGCCUUGGGCAAAGCAGAAGACAAUAAGAAAGCGGUUCUUGAUUAUCUGUCCUCCAUCGAGGUUUUUGUUAUCGAUCAUGCGGACGUAAUGUAUAUGCAGAACUGGACGCACGUUCAAACAGUCGUCACAAAAUUAAAUGAAGAGUCAUCAGAGCAUCAUAAUACUGAUAUAAGUCGUGUCCGGCCUAUGUAUCUUAAUGGACACGCACGGUUCUAUCGGCAGUCAAUAAUUCUAAGUUCUUAUUUAACCCCAGAUAUCAAUUUUCUGUUCAAUCACCAAUGCUUGAACUAUAAAGGAAAGAUGAAGCUGGAGUGUGAACACAAAGGUGUUCUUCAUGAAGUGUUGCACAGUGUCACGCAGAUUUAUGAAAAAUUUGAUGCAGACUCCGUAAAACAAGCUGACCAUGCACGUCUUGAAUACUUUACCAAAAAGAUAUUCCCAAAGUUAAAAGAUUCUGUUCAGGGAGGAGUAAUGAUCUUUAUGAGUUCUAACGCCGAGUUGGCCAUGCUUAGAGAGUUUUUGAGCUCCCAGAAAGCCUCGUUCUGCAUUGUUAACGAAUCUGUAAGUCAAGAGGCUAAAUCUAGGGCACGACAAGGUUUUUUUGCAGGGAGCACGAAGAUCAUGCUCUACAAUGAGAGAGGACACUUCUAUUGGAGAUACACGAUCCGUGGCAUAAAGAAGUUGAUUAUAUACUCUCUUCCGGAGAGGAAGGAGUUUUACCCUCAGAUCGUGAACAUGCUUGAAGAGUCCUAUGACAUGGAGGCCACUGUGCUUUUUUGUCCUUUAGAUGUGUUCCGGCUGCGAAGGAUCGUUGGGCAUGCUUCAGCAAAGUCACUUCUCAGCUCUGAGCGGAGUACCUUUAUUUUCCGUUGACACUCAUCCUCCGCUUUUUCUAUUUUGUAUUUUUUCUUUUCAUUUCGAAUUACUACGUCUCUACGCAUGAUUGGUGUAAAAGAAAAUGUUGCUAGAGACCUCAUUUACACAAUGACAUACUUUAUGCAUGGGGACAUACUUUUAAGUAACCAUAGAGGAUUUUACA